AUGAGCGGAACAAGUAUGGCCACACCAUACGUGUCUGGAUGCAUUGCUUUGUACAUGCAAGCAACUGGAUCACGCUCUCCAAGUCAGAUAUUCCGCGCUCUGUUCAAUCACGCAAAACCAGUAGUGACACAGCAUCAUCCAAGCCAGCUAGAAUCGCCUAUCAAACAAGGUGCUGGUCUUAUUCAGAUACAUCAUGCGAUUCGAGGGGAGACCACAGUCAGCCCAUAUAAACUUGAGCUAAACGACACUCAAUUCUUCAAACCAGAGAAAACAUUAAGGAUGAAGAACAGCUCACAUGUUCGACGCAUUUACCAGCUUGAGCAUCUACCCGCGGCUGCAAUCUCUGUUCCGCGCUAUCGACCGCUCCACGUGGAUGCCAACGCCACAGUCGAAUUUGAAACGACACAAUUGACACUCGAGCCCAAUGCAACACAGCUCCUUCAUGUUCGAUUUAGUCCACCGAAAUCAAAGCACAAACAUCUACUCUAUGGCGGAUAUAUCAAGAUCUAUUCUUAUGCUGACAAUAGAAAUGAGGAGCAAAUACACGUACCGUAUUUAGGUGCUCUGGACAAUCAACGCGAUCUACCCAUUUUUGAUACGAUGAGAGGAUACCCAAGGAUCGAACCUGCAAACAAAACUCGAUUCAGUUUCCAACGUGGCAACGAUACGGCGCAUCUGCAUAUCCGACUUGGGAGUCCUACAGCACGCUUAAGAAGUGUGCUUGUUAACCAAGAAAACAAGCGCCUGGGCACCUUGGUGGAUGGAUAUCAAAAAUGGGUCUCGCGUAAUGACCAUUCGGAUAGCGCAUAUACUCUGGAUUGGCGCGGUAAAAUCAUUAUUCCUCCCGCAGCAUUAAUUGGGCCUUCUGCUACUGAAGCGACUGGGAGUGAUGGUCCUUCUCCUCCUCUUCCGCCUCCUUCUUCCAAUACCACUCCAUCUCCAAUGAACUAUAGCAACAUCAUUGAUGCUGCUCGUAUAAAUGACGGCGACGCAUAUGGUACCAAGAGCUGGAGCAGUAAAAAUAACAUUCGAAGAAAGGUGGUACGAAGGCACGUUCCACCAGGAAGGUACAAGAUCCGUGUCUCGGCAUUGAAAAUCUUCGGUGAUCCAUUACUACAAAACGAUUGGGAGAUAUGGUAUUCGCCUGAAUUCGAAGUAAUUGACUGA